UCUACUACCACUUGUCGUUGUCGCUGGUGUUUGCCAUCGCCUUCGCCAUUACGUUUUCGCUGUGACUUUUCGUGAUGAGUUUGUGUCAAAAUACAUUCCGUUCAAUUUAUAAUUUUUCUCAUAAAAAUCCAAUAAAAUAAAUAAUAAAAUAACUAAAAAUCAAUGAAUUAACCAUCCACCACCUCUACAAAUACAAAUUUCAUUAAAAUAACCACCAUCUAAUGUGAUAAAAUAAAGUUUUUCCAAAGUAGUUUCUGUCUGGUUCUGGUUUUAUUUUAUUUUUUUAAAGAGUUUUAGAGAAAAGAAAGUUGUUUCGUGCCUGUGCCUGUGCCUUUGCCUCGGGAGUUCGACAUCUAACGACGACAAAUAAGAGCUCCCGUAUUAACAAAAAAAAUAAAAAGGAAAAAUAAAUAACCAGAAGUUAGUAAAAGAAAGGCACAUAGAAUUUAUCUAGUAUUCGAGAGUCGGGUUUUUUAAAGUUGUAGUUAAGUGAAGUGAUCUCUCAAAGCGAGAAUUUCAAGUGCAUCUGCAUCUUUAGGUGCAUCUGGUUGCAGUCUCUAAGUUGCUUCUCGUUCCUCAUUGCUCGUUCUCGUUCAUCCAUCGUUGAUUUGUUCACAAAGCGGUUUCGUCGUAGUUCUCGUCGUCGUUCUUCGUCGUAGUUGUUUUUUUUUUUUAUUAUCGUGGACGGUCAGGAAUAAUAAUGUUGCGGUUUCUAAGCAGACGAAAAGUCCGGAACACGGCUCCAGACGGCGGAGGUGGCAGUGCCACUAGCAGCUCCCAAAUCAAGUCUCAGCGGAUCGCAGCAAAUAAAAAUAAAAUCGAUUGCCGUGUCAUUCUGCUGGACAACACAGACCUCUCUAUUGAGCUAUCGAAAAAAGCUAUGGGUAGCUAUCUAUACGAACAAGUUUUCUAUGCUCUUGAUCUCACAGAAAAGGACUACUUUGGUCUUCAAUUUACCGAUGCUAAUCAUGUCAAACAUUGGUUGGAUCCAACAAAAGCCAUUAAAAAACAAGUCAAAAUUGGCCCACCUUAUACAUUCCGUUUAAAGGUUAAGUUCUAUUCAUCUGAGCCAAAUACCCUCCGAGAAGAACUCACACGUUAUUUGUUUUUCCUUCAACUCAAACAAGAUCUACUAGAAGGUCGUUUAGAUUGUCCCGAUGACAAAGCUACAGAAUUGUGUGCAUUAGCUUUGCAAUCUGAAUUGGGUGACUAUGAUGAACAAGUGCAUACAGCAGCAACAGUAUCGGAAUUUCGUUUCGUUCCUGAACAAACGGAAGAAUUGGAAAUUGCGAUUCUGGAAGAGUAUAAGGGAUGUCGCAGCUUGACGCCUGCACAAGCCGAGACAGCAUACUUAAACAAAGCCAAAUGGCUGGACAUGUACGGAGUUGAUAUGCAUACAGUCCUAGGAAAAGAUGGCUGUGAAUACCAUUUAGGAUUAACACCUACUGGCAUACUAGUUUUUGAACGUGAUCAGAAAAUAGGUCUCUUUUUCUGGCCAAAAAUCAGUAAGCUGGACUUCAAGAAGAAGAAACUAACUCUGGUGGUGAUCGAAGACGACGACGAGGGUCGAGAACAGGAGCACACAUUUGUCUUUCGACUGUACAAUGAAAAGGCUUGCAAGCACCUCUGGAAAUGUGCCGUGGAACAUCAUACGUUUUUCCGUCUACGCGCCCCCGUUAAGGGGCCAUCUGCCCGACAGAAUUUUUUCCGAAUGGGUUCACGCUUUCGGUACUCGGGUCGAACAGAAUUCCAGACUACAGCCCAGAGUCGAGCCCGCCGGACUGUGCAAUUCGAACGGCGCCCAUCGCAGAGAUUCGCCAGCCGGCAAUCGCACCUGCUGCGCGAACGGCAAAAAGCAUCAGCUGCAGCGGCAGUAGCAGCCAUCGCUGCACGAAAUUCAAUCGAUCAAGCCAACGAAAGCCUUAUACCACUACCACCGAUGACAGACAAUAGCCUUGUUCAAAUUGAUUCUCCAUCCAUGUCUACCAUCACUCCAUCGCCAUCUGUGCAAACGGUAAUUCACAACUCAAUCUGUGAGCUACCGGACACAUCUUGUGCGGCAUCAAUUAACUCCGGCCAUAUGAACACGUGCGCGUCGCUGGGUCACGUCUCGAUGAAGUCAACAUCUAGCACCGAAGAACCUGGCUACAGUAAAAUUGGUUCAUUUGGUAAAGCUGGACUUACUGUAAAAAUGGAACCUGAGACACCAGCAUACCCAUCGCCGACCACGAAGAACUUUGAAGACACUAAUCCAUUUAGGACACAAUCUCAUCACGGUUCGUUUGGAAAGGCUUCCAUAAGUUCAUCAUUUAGCAUAAAAAGUGGCUUAUCGGAUAAAGAUAAGGAGCUAGAUUCAUUGCUUAAGUCUAUUGUAAAAGAUCCAUCCCCAUCAAUCCUAGCUACCGAAGCAAUUAAUGAUGCUAACAGUAUCAGAGUUACAAUUAAUAAAACAUCUGAUAUGGAACAUAAUACGGAAACUUUAAAGAGAUUAUCAAAUAACAACGAAAAACCAAACAACCAAGUGAAAAUGGCAAAUGUUGGAUCUGGAGCUCUGCCGCCUGGGCACAUUAAGUGCAAUAUUUUGAAAGCCCGAGUCGAAGAAGAACUUGGAGCAGCUAACAAUGCUAAGCUAACAAAUCAGAUGUUUGUUCCUGCAGCCUCAUCCUUGAACAACAGCUUAUAUCAUUCCGAUGGACCAGAUUCUAUCAAUGCUACCUACAUAUCAGUCGGCGGUGACAAGCUCACAUUAAGCAUAACCGAACAAAAACCAUCAUCAUCGACAUCGCCUACAACAACAACUACUACUACAUCGUCACCGAUUCCACCGUCGUCGUUGUCAUUGUCGUCGCCUAGUAGUCCCACCAAUGCUUUUGCUUCUACAACAUUAACGACAAUUGUUACAGCAACAACACCCAGCAGUCCACCUCCACCGCUAACUCCAACUCAAAUUCCAUCGACCCUUGUCUCGACGACGGACUCACUUAUAAAUGAGAUAUUCAUUAAUAAUAUUAGCAGCAUUGUCGACGAGCGCAAGGAAGUGGUCGCACCACCGGCUGCGCCGGUUACAAAUGUGUCCAAUAUAAUUUCGAAUCAAGAACGAAAUCAUGAAAACAAGGAGAACAGGGAACUGAAUGAAAAUAACUAUCGGGAAAAGAAAAAUUCCAUUAACCAUAUCAACCCACCCAAUGAAAUGGUCUCACCAUGGCUAGUGUCCUCCGAAAUUGUUUCGGCUCCUAAAAGUAAAGAGCCAACAAUUAUACGUAAAUCAGUCAUUACAACACAAUUGUAAUUAAAAAUGACUUAAAACUAUAAAAGUUAAUAAUAAUUUAUUCCGGCAACUACUUAAGGUAUUAUUUUUAUCUAAAUUCACGAAAAAAAAAUGAGAUACAAUCAAAUGAAAAAAGAAAUUCGAAAAAAUUAAAACAAAAUAUUAUUCGCAAUAUUUUUAAUGAAUAAAUUAUAAUAAUACUACAUAAGUAAUUACUAUUUAAUAAAAGAAGAACGGGAAAAUUUACAUUUAUCUACAAACAAAAAAAACAUCCAUUUAUCUUAUAUAUACAUAAAACAUAUUAUACUAUAUACAUACAAUAUUUAUUUUAUUUAGGCUGUUAAUAUUUACAUGUGUAUAAAUAAAACGAAAACAAAAACUGACAUUUAUUAUUUUCUUUAUGAAUAUAAAUCAGUUUGCUUAUGUUUAGUAUUUAAAGUAAUAUCUUUAAAAAAUACUUAGGUAAUAUUAAAAAAUUGAAAAUUUAUAAAAUGAUACAUUAAAUAAGACAUCGAAUGUGUUGCAGCGAAACUUAUUACUGUAUAUUUAUAAAUUGAA